AAUUCCCAGCAGUCACUUUGCGUCUUUUGGAUAUAGUUGUCGUAGUUAAGAAUAAUCUCGAGUUUCUCAAAGAGGCUGUGUUGGGCUCAGUCUUGCCACGACUAAGUAAUGAAUUGUCAAGAGAAGGUCUGUCAUGGAGGGAGUUCUCUAUAAAUGGACAAACUAUAUUAGCGGUUGGCAGCCUCGUUGGUUUGUUCUUGAGGGAGGCACUCUUUCCUACUAUGACUCUCAAGAAGAUGCAUGGAAAGGAUGCAAGGGCAGCAUCAAAAUAUCUGUGUGUGAAAUACAGGUUCACUCAUCGGAUAUUACUAGGGUUGAUCUGAUCAUUCCAGGAGAACAAUACUUUUAUCUCAGGGCAAUUAAUGCAGCAGAGAGGCAGAAAUGGCUUGUGGCGUUGGGGACAGCAAAAGCCUGCCUCACAGACAACCGAACCAAGAGAGAGAAAGAGCUCCAGGAAAACACAGACGCUCUGAAAACAAAAAUGUCUGAGCUAAGGCUUUACUGUGACCUUCUCCUCCAGCAAGUGAACAAAAUACAAGCAAGUUCUCAAGCGGAGAUGGCAGCCGAUUCGGGGGAGGUAGGGGAUGAGACUGGAAAUCUAGUGAAGUCCACUUGCAGCACCUUCUUGAAGACCCUGGAGGAGUGUAUGCAGAUUGCUAGCCGGACCUUCAAUCCAGACCUUCUGAGUCUGACCCCUCCAGGCUCUCCUCCUGUGGCUACCAUCAAACCUCACAAGAUCAAACCUACUGAUCCAAGACAUCAGCACCCAGGAGAAAACAGACGAAAGGACUUAGUCAACAUCUCAGGAACAUCAGCACAUGGGAGUGGACCAGAAAAUGAACCACCUCCAUCUCCUGUGCCUACAUCUCCUACAAAAAGUGGUUUAAUGGAGGAACAGAGGGAGACCAUGGAGCCUCGUAAUGGCUCUUCAUCAAGCACACAGGACCCUGAAAAAUCUGUAGGAGAGGAGACGGAAAUACCGACCCAAGAAAAACAAGAGGAAGUCACACUGAGUCCCACACAAAACAAAGAAAAGGUCACUGAAGAAAUCCAGGCUGACCUGGAAGUGAAUGAGCUUCUGUCUGAGAAUAAACAGGAAGAGGAAGAUAAGGUGGACACAUUCUUCAGUACCAUGAGCCACAGAUUUAGUGAUAUAAUACUGGAGGACGACAGUGGUAUUCCCACACAAGCCUUUUUGGAUUCUUGCUAUGCUAUAGUACCAGUUUUAGACAAGCUUGGACCAACUGUCUUUGCUCCAGUUAAAAUAGAUUUUGUGGGAAACAUUAAGAAAAUCCAGCAGAAGGUGGUGUCCGAUCCUGAGAGUUUCCCCACCCUGCAGAGCAUCGUGCUGCAUGAGGUGGAGACGGAGGUGACACAGGUGAGGAACUCGGCCACAGAAGCGCUGCUGUGGCUUAAACGUGGACUCAAGUUCCUCAAAGAAUUCCUUUCUGAAAUCAAUACAGGGAUAAAGGAUGUCCAAGGAGCUCUUAAUAAUGCAUAUGGAAAGACGCUACGGCAAUAUCAUGGAUGGGUUGUUCGAGGUGUCUUUGCUCUGGCUCUACGGGCUGCCCCAUCCUAUCAGGGCUUCAUGGCUGCUCUGGUUUCUCAUGAAGGCGAUGAGCUGAAGGAAGGCUUUACGACUGGCAUGCAUCGAGACCUAGACGUCUACCUGCCAGCCAUGGAGAAGCAGCUGUCCAUCCUGGACGCUCUCUAUGAGGAGUAUGGCUUGGAAUCAGAUGACAUCGUGUGACUAAUCAAAUCCACGCACACAGCGAACAGAGCUUGGUUCUGACGGAGCUCAUCGGUUUCAGCGGUGAAACUGUAACUCUUUCAUCCGCUGUGGUAAACGAGCCCAAAGUUAGUGUUGAAGACAGGGAGGUUUCUGUGAGGGCAGGGCUUGCAAAGCCUGACCAGUUAGAGCGUGUUGGAUAAUAUGGCAUAUGCAGAGUCCAAUAACAGUCAUCCCCGUGAAAUUUCAACAGCCACGGCAAAAUAAUGCUAGCUGAGGAGUGCAGGGUGUGAUUUCAAGUGUUUCGGGGAAAAGGUAUAUUUUUAGAAACUUUCAGUGGCGUGAUCAAGUGUUUUGUUGAAAUUGGUUGUAUG